UCUCUCCCCUCCUCCUCUUCCAGCGGAGCCCCGCUGCUGGCCGGAGGAGCCGCGUUGGCGCGCGUGCUGCCUGGCUUCCCCCCUCGCCCGCGGCCGCAGCGGCCGAAGCAGCCAGUCCGGGCGCUCCUUGGCGCUGCCAUGAGCAGUGGGGCGGCCGCGGCGCGCCGGGGCUGCUCCGCCGCACCAUGAGGCUCUCCUGCAAGGUCGUGGCCGUCCUGCUGUGCCUGGGCAGUCUCCUGCUUCUUUAUCUGCUCGGGGGCAGCGCGGACGAAGCGCCCCCCAAAGCGCCUCCGGGCAAGAGUUGGCUGCGCUCUGCGCUCUCCGGCCCCGGGGGAGCCAGCGCGCCCUCUCCCUUCGCUCUGGUCCGACCCCUGGGAGCGGCUCAAGUUUCUAAGCGGCUCCGGCAGCCACGUCUCCACACGAAGCCGGGCAAGAGGAUCGCGGGGAGGCAGGACAAGUUUGCCGGCGUUAGAAAGCAUGGGGAGCCAAAACAUUCCCCAGCCUUGCCAGCAGAACAAUGGAUGCACCUGGCCGUUGUGGCAUGUGGGGACCGUCUGGAAGAGACGCUCAUUAUGCUCAAAUCGGCCAUCCUCUUCAGCUAUCGCAAGAUUCGAUUUCACAUCUUUGCUGAAGAUUCACUGAAGCCUGAGUUUGAUAAGAAGUUGCGACAGUGGCCUUCCUCAUACACAAAGAAGUUUGAACACAGCAUCUACCCGAUCACGUUUUCUGUUGGAAAUGCUCAGGAAUGGAAGAAGCUCUUCAAGCCUUGUGCUGCCCAGAGACUCUUUCUUCCGGUGAUCUUGAAGGAUGUGGACUCACUUCUCUAUGUAGACACAGAUGUUCUCUUUCUUCGUCCCAUUGAUGAUAUCUGGAGGCUUCUGAAGCAAUUUAAUUCCACCCAGCUUGCAGCCAUGGCCCCCGAGCACGAGAUCCCCAAAAUUGGAUGGUAUAGUCGUUUUGCUCGGCAUCCUUACUACGGAAUGACUGGAGUUAAUUCAGGAGUGAUGCUAAUGAAUUUAACUCGAAUAAGAAAUACACAGUUCAAGAAUAGCAUGAUUCCAACGGGCUUGGCUUGGGAGGACAUGCUGUACCCUCUGUACCAGAAGUACAAGAAUUACAUCACGUGGGGAGACCAGGAUUUACUGAAUAUUAUUUUUUACUUUAACCCAGAGUGUCUCUAUGUGUUUCCAUGCCAGUGGAAUUACAGGCCCGACCACUGCAUGUAUGGCAGUAAUUGUAAAGGAGCAGAACAAGAAGGCGUGUCUGUUCUUCAUGGCAAUCGAGGGGUCUAUCAUGACGACAAGCAACCAACUUUCAAAGCCUUAUAUGAAGUAAUGCGUGAUUUUCCCUUUCAAGACAAUCUUUUUCAAUCCAUGUAUUACCCUCUCCAGUUGAAGUUUUUGGAAACUGUACAUACUUUAUGCGGGCGAAUUCCACAAGUUUUUCUGAAGCAGAUCGAGAAAACAAUGAAGAGAGUGUAUGAGAAGCACGUCAUUGUCCACCUCAGAUCCAACAGGAUGUAUUAUUAAAUACACCUCAUGGUCUUUAAAAAAACAAAACAAAACCAAAAACCUCUAAAUUUGGUUUUUCGUUGUAUUGCUCAUGAUCAAGGAGCUAAAAAAAGCUUGAAGCAGGCUGGAUCCUCUUUCAUAGUCUUAUGAUUUCAUGAUGCUCUCAGACUAUCAGUUAAAAAUGAAAUGGUGAAAAUUUUGCAGUAUUGAUUUUGCUUCAACGGAGUAUGCUUUUUGUUAAAGGAUUUUUUUUAAAAAAAACUUUAUUGGUAGGUUUUCGUGUUAUUGGUCAUAAAACGUUGCUGCAACCAUAUGAAUAGCUGUGAAAAGAAGUCUCUGCAACCUUCUGACUCCUAUUAACUGCACAAAAAUAUUAAGGGUUGAUUGGCAACUUAAUGCCAUCUGGGCUCCUGAGGGAGACAAUUUCUGAUCAAUUGUCUUUUCCAUGACAACGCAUCUGUUAGAGAUAGUGUAAGUAAACCUGGGUAUAUAUGCCAAAAUUGUCGAUAGUGAUUUUAGAAUAAAUACAUACAAGGUGAAUUUUCUGUUUACAGAGCUCUGUCGAAAGCCUCCUGAUAGAACUCUAGAGCAAUUCUGGAUUCCCAUUAAUUAGGGUUUAUUAAGCAAUGUGGCAGUCCUGAAGAUUUCUCAGGGUGCUUCUCAUGAGAAGUUUUUCCAUGUCAUUUGGAGGCUAGACCAGAAGGACUUACUGAGCAACAAUAGACUCAAAAAGGAAAUACGGUAAUCUUGUUCAACCCCCUGAGGAGCUUAUUGAGCUAAAGCUCCAGAGAUGUAUUUAUACAUACACACACAGAGGUAUUCUCUAGCUUCCUUCUUCAGGAGUCUCAGCCUUUAGGUAUCUGAUAUCUUUAAGCACUUUGACAAGAAUAGAAAAUGGAAAGGCAACUCCAUCCUGUUGUAAUGGACACCAAAGAAUUUAGCCAAUUGAAUUGGCAGAAAAUUUAACUUUUUCCUGGCCACAGAAACUCUCUUAUUUUAUAUUUUGUUUUAAGUUUAUGCUUUUACCAAGAAACUACUAAUGGCCAAGCCCUGUGCAGGAUAGAGGAAGUUUACCUUUUACACAGGGAUCUCAUCUCAUCUCCAUUUGGUACCAUGAAACAAUAAUCAUUUAGAGAUUCUGUAGGUCUGUACUUUUCAAAGGUGUUUUUAGAGGCAGUUUGGAUGUGAAACCAGAAGUUCAGUAUUUAAAUCCUGGCCCUGCCACUUUUAAGUAAGUUAUUCAAGCAUUCUUUUCUUUACCAGUAAAUGAGGGAAUCUCCCCAAUUAGACUGUAAGCUCUUGGAGGACAAGGAUUCUCUUUAGCCUCUUUUCAGAUCUUUAGUACUUAGGUACCUGGUACCUAAAAGUUUGAUUGAUUGAUUGAUUAAGUAAACUGGAUUUCCACUGGGCUACAGAAGCAAUAGAAAUGCUUUGGAGUCUGGGAACCUGAGUUUGAUACCCUCUGGGCUGUAGUUUCCCAUUUAUAAAAAUGAGGUUGGAACAGAUAGUUUCUAAGGAA